AUGGACGACGAAACAUAUGUGAAGGUCGAACUUCAAACGGCCAAGGAUAAGUUCAGCGUUUUGGAGCAUAGCGGACUUUACUUCAAGUGUAUCCCUUCGUCAACUUUUGUCAGCGUGAACGAAUCAUCAGCUCCAGGAAAAAAAGGGAAUAAGGAGCGUGUGACGUUCAUGCCUUGCACAAAUGCUGAUGGUUCGUACAAACUUCCACUUAUGCUGAUUGGAAAGUCAAAACGACCAAGAGCACUGAAGAACGUCCGUGAGCUGCCCGUAUACUAUGCUUCUUCCAAAAAUGCCUGGAUGACUCGACAGUUAUUUAAGGAUUGGUUUUUCAAUGAGUUUGUCCCCAAAGUCACGGCAUUUUUGGAAGGUGCUAACCUGCAGGUAACGGCCCGCUUAGUUUUGGACAACUGUUCCGCACAUUGCAGCACCGACCAGCUUAGAACUGCUGAUGGAGCAUUCUCUACGACAUUUCUACCACCAAACACAGCAGCCUUGUUGCAACCAAUGGACCAAAACGUUAUCCAGAUGGUCAAGUCCAACUACAAGCAAAAGCUUAUGCGUGAGAUUCUUGGACGCCAAGGAGAAUUCGAUGACAUGGUGAAGCGAAUUAGCAUCAAGAAUUCGAUGAUGACGAUGACAUUCCGUUGUCGGUUGUACGACAAUGCCGUGCAGGAAGAGGACAUGGAGUUUGACGUCCUGAACGACGAUGAUAUUGUAAACGUCGUUUUGAACCCAAACACAUCGUUUUACGAUUGCAACAAUACGGUUUCAACUGUCGAAGGGGCAAAUGCGUUAUCAGUGUUGGAACCGCAUCAGAAUGAUAUGGAUGACGAUGCUGGAAGCUCUGUUUCACAUGGAACAGCUUUAUCUGGAAUCGAUCAAGUAAUUGCUUGGGCAGAGGAGAAUGGACUACCAUUGGAAUCACAGUUCCUGCUGCGAGAAAUCUAG